UAAGAGAAGAAGAUGAACUCCUACUUUUCUAUCAUAUGGAUUAUCAUCUUUGGACUUUUCUUUCAUCUUUUCUACUUAUCUACAUCAGAACAACUAAGAAUGACAUUUCCCUUUAAUUAUAUUUGGAUCAUCAUCUUUGGACUACAUUUUCUUUUUUUCACAUCCACAUCAGAUGAUACACAAAAAAGAGUAAACAGAGAAAUGAAUUAUAAAGGAGUGGUUAUGUACCCGAAUGGAACAAACGCGAAUAAGGAAAUACCACAAAAUCCUGGAAUGCCAUGGAACAGAAGUGAUGUAAAAGAUGCCAAAAAAGAUAUGAAAUAUAUUGUCCCUGUAGCUUUAACACUGUCUAUGCUGGCAAUUCCUUUGCUUUGUCUUGUUGCGUGCUUAGUGUAUAGAAAAUGUAUGCAGACAAAGCAACCAGUUAAGGAUGUAGAGAACCCACCAGAGAUAAUGCAGCCAGAGGAAAAAUCUUCUGAAACACCUGAAAGCUCUGAUAGCUUCUUCAGGUGUCUGUGGAAAAAAAUUAUGCAGAAGAUUAGAAAGAAGAAACCAAAAGUUCCAGAUGUAGAGAACCCACCAGAAACAACUCAAAAAUUAAAAGCAGCUAAAAGUUCUGUGCGUAAAGGAAAAAGGCAAAAGAAGAAGAAAAAGAAAGUCGCUAAAAAAUCAGAGCUUCCAGUAGCAGCUCAGUCUGAAGCAGCACCUGAAAGCCCUGAUAGUAGAAAGCACAGAGAAAAGGUAGAGAAAAUAGAGGAUCAUACAGAGCAAAGGCGUCCAGAGCCUGAAAGUGGCACUUUAGUGCCUAUUAAUACUUUCAGCUUUAUGGAGUCUCUGGUGAACUUAAAUGAAAAGCCUACUAAGAAUCAGAAACGUAAAAGGGUAAUACGUUCUAUGAAAAUUGAAGAGAUUUUAAAAAGUACUGAAGACAAAGAAGGCUUGCUCCAGCGGUUGAGGGAAAUAAAGAGCAAGUCACCGACUGCUCAUAACCUCGACAUUUCGGUGCAUUAUGAAAAGAUUGAAGACACCUAUUGUGAGGAGGAAGGGGCCCCCUCACUGAAAUUUGAGCUAGAAACCUUCCGGCCUGAGACUUUAGAGCCUUUAAAAUCUGAGAUAGUAAUACAGAGUAUACCUCCACCAGAAACAGAUAAAGAUAAAAGUGAUAAGCAACUUGUGCACAUUGAACCAAUGGAAGAUAUCUGUGGUGAUGAGGAACUUCUAUUGCAAGCGGAGCUUAUUUUAUUAUUAUUAUUGAGGUGGAUUUAUAAAUCACCAAUAUAUUCCACAUUGGUAAAAAGCUCCCAUUUACCACAACAGUCUGCAGAACCUAAGAGCAAAGAGAAACUUGUGCUUGUUGAACCAAGUGAAGAUACAUGUGGUGAUGAGGAACUUCUGUUGGUAGUGAAGCCAACAGACGCCAGCUCUCAGUCACCUCAGAAAUCAAAGCAGCAGAAAGCAAAACUGUGUAAAUUCUAUACACAUAAGGAAGCAAAAUUGUGUAAACUUCCUGGGCCAAAGAAAACAAUAGAGCGGAAAGCAAAAGUUUGCAGAUUUUAUAUGCCUAAAAAAGGAAAAGUCUGCAGAUUUUAUAGGCUUGGCAAAGGAAAAGUUUUCAGAUUUUUUAAAUCGGAGGUAAAAAUACAAGAGAAAGCAAAAGUUUGCAAAUUUUAUAUGCAUAAGGAAGCAAAAGUUUGUAAACUUCCUGGGCCUAAGAAAACAAUACAGCGGAAAGCAAAAAUGUGCAGAUUUUUUAUGCCUAACAAAGGAAAAGUCUGCAGAUUUCAUAGACCUAACAGCGAAAAAGGUUUCAGAUUUUUUAUAUCUGAGGAAAAAAUACAGGAGAAAGCAAAAGUUUGCAGAUUUUAUAGGCCUAGCGAAGUAAAAGUUUGUAGAUUUUAUACAUCUGAGAAAAAAAUGCAGAAGAAAGUAAAAUUUUGCAGAUUUUAUUGGCCUAGCAAAGCAAAAGUUUGUAGAUUUUAUACAUCUAAGAAAAAAAUGCAGAAGAAAGCAAGAGUUUGCAGAUUCUAUACAUCUAAGAAGACAAUACAGAAGAAAGCAAACGUUUGUAGCUUUUAUUGGCCUGAGAAGUGCCAAGGAACAAAUGCGAGUGAGAAAACAGCUCAGUGUUCAAAAGUGUGCAACUUUGUUUUGACCGAGAAGAAAAAACAGCAGAAAUUAAAGGUGUGCACAUUUAAUUGGCCUGAGAAGAAAAAAUAGCAGAAAUCAAAAUUUUGUACAUAUUUGUAAGUAUUAGAAGAGAAAGUGGCAGCAAGCAUGUGAACAAGAAAAGUGAGUUUGCAAUAAUUUAUUUACAUUAUAUUUUUGCACCUAUUUAAUUAUAGCAUGAUGGGGGCAUGUUCAUGUUCCACAGGAAAAAAAGUAGUUUGACAGCCAAGAGCUAACUACCUUAGCAAAUCCUGUUUAAUUUACAGCAUUUUAUUUUAUCCUUAGGCCAUGCAUAUUCAAGAACUGUGGAACCUAAAAUGAAUGGGACUGUCUUGAUUCGCAUAACCGAAAAAGGGUGGGAUUUUGGGCGGAUCGGGGCUGUGUCACGCCUAAAUGGACACAGCCAUGGCGGAUCAAGACAUGACCUGAAAUGUUUGGAUGCUGGGAAGUACUACCCCUUUAACCCAGGAAAGAAAUUGGAAGCAGUAUUGCAGAUAAGGAUAUUGAUACCAAAGGACUUUGGACCUAUGAAGAAUAUCCAUUCCUGACUGCAAGAUAUGCUUUGAAUAAAGUAACUAAACUUU